UCAAUGUCAUGCAGUAAGAUUCAGAAGUCGGGCCCAGGACUAGAUCAGGUGAAAAGGUGCGGGGGCCGCCAUGCUAUUCCAGUGUCUGGUGGUGUGGCAAUGUACAGGCGAACCGCAUGGGCCUUUGGAAUGGGGCACAGACCUGGCUUUCAGCCCCGUUUGAGCUUGGCGAGCUCUUCUACACAGGCGGUUCUCUGCUCCGGAAAAGAGACGAAGCAUCCUUUGAAUCCUUAUGCGAUCGGUCCCUAUGUCCUCAAAAGUCGCAUCGUUGGCCAUCUAGUGGUCCUUGAACCCACGAAUUACUGUGUGGACUAAGGAGGGACCUCAGAAAGUGGGGGUGUUGGCCUUUCAAGUUGUCAGAAUAUUCUUGCAACCUUCCAGGAUGGCAUUGGCCGUGCGCGGUUGCUGCUUGAUGUUACUUCUUUGCUGCGUUUGGAGAGUGUGCUCGGUUGAAGGCACUAUGGAUUUGGAGCAUCGGUGCGUCCAUGACAGCCACGUUUCGCCAACACUCCAUAAGCUGCAGGAACAGCGGCAGGCCUCGCUGCUGGCCGGGUUUGGAUUACCAGAAGAAGGAAGGCGGAGGCUCGCUGACACUGCAACUUCUACCCCUGUCCCCAUGCGGAUACAACCCGUCUUCCAACUAUCAGGGCUCAAUGCUGCAACGACCGCCUUCAUCACGAACACAAUGGUGCCUGCGGCUGUCAAUUACCUCAGCCAGGUGUUGUCUGUGAGGGCGCCCCCCUCGGGGCCUCUGCUUCUCCAAAGGAACUGUCUCCAGUAUCGAAUCUGGACCAGCGGAUCCACGCGGACGCAGGAGUGCCUGCAAUGGGACAGUGGUUCUUGUCAGAUCGCCACGAUUCCCGCCACCUUCUUCGCCCAAUACUCCACGUGCACCGGCAACGCUAUCGGGCAGUGCACCGUCACCCCUGCCGGUGCCGGUGCCAACAACACCGACUUUCUACUUAUGUUUACGGCCCAGACCACCGAAGCGUGCCAGGCAUCAACUCUGGCGCACUCCUCCUACUGCUACCAGGACCCCGAGACCGACCGGCCGCUCGCCGGGAACGUCAACUUUUGCCCCUCGGCAGUGAACGCGGCGCUGCGGGAUCGUCAGACGCUGAUUGCCGUCCACGAGAUGCUUCACGCCCUGGGCUUCAGCGACUCCCUCUUCCCCUUUUACAGAGACGCCACAGGCAACCCUCUGUCGGCGGUCACGGCUUCCUUCACCGAGAGGGGGCACACAGUCACCAAGGUCGUGGCACCCACGACGCUUGCAAUGGCUCGCACCCACUUCGGGUGUUCCACCCUGAACGGCGCCGAGUUGGAGAACGACGGGGGGAAUGGCACUGCGCUCAGCCACUGGGAGGCGCGCAUUUUCCAAGGGGAGGCUAUGUUGGGGGUGCUGGGUCAGGAGGCCGUGUUCUCGAACCUGACCCUGGCGCUGCUGCAAGACUCGGGGUGGUACAACGUCAACUUCCAGAUGGCCGAGUUCCUGCAGUCGGGGUUCGGCCUUGGCUGCAACUUCCCGCUCCUCUCUUGCGCCCCGACGGCCAUGCCGGCUGUCUUCAACACGUACUACUGCAACGGCACGCAGCGCACACAAACCGGGCCGGGCCCUUCCGGAAACACAAUCACGACCCCCGUGGCCCAAAGCUGUACAUAUGAUUCCCUUGCGGUAGGCUUCUGCAGCACCUGCAUCGAUGCCACUUGCAAUACUGAUGGUUGUAACGCAAUCACAGGCUACUCCAAUAAGCUAUGCACGGACCCAGCAAACGCGAACGCGCUCGACACCAGCUGGGGCCGCGCAUACGGCCUCGACUCGCGCUGCUUCCUCCAGGGCGACCAGUUCUGGGUCAAGGGCCAGCAGAUCCUGAGCGCCUCAGGCGCCGGCUGCUUCAGCAACCGGUGCUCGCUCACUGCCGGGGGGCAGUUCAGCUUGCAGGUCCAGGUCGGCACUGGAAACUGGGUGCAGUGCGUGGACAACCAAAUGGUCGACUUGACGAGCGCCGGCUUCUCCCAGGGCCGCCUCGGCCCCUGCCCCGUUGCCGCCGACUUCUGUCGCUUUGCCACGUGUCCAAACAGCUGUAGCGGCUUCGGCAAGUGCUACUUGGGCGUGUGCAUGUGCGACCCGGGCCAUGCGGGCGCGGACUGCAGCCAGCGCACCUGCUCCCAAGACUCCCAGUGCUCGGACACCGGGUCCACCUGCAACCUGGCCACCAAAACGUGCGGCGCCGCCACGACUGGGGCCGCGGGAACCCCUUCCACCAUUAUUACUGCGCCCACAGGCAACGGCACCGCUGCAGCGCCCCUGGGAGCUGCCGUUCCAACUCCGACCGCGUAUGACCCGUCAAAAGUCGGGGUCGCCUCUCCGGGGCCCAUUUCCGCCUCCGUAUCGACCCCCCCGAGCGGUCAGCUCAGCCCCACCGACACUCGGCCCCAACCGACGCAGGGGGUACUCGUUAUCUCCACCAUCAGCUUCGGGGGAGGCCAGAUUAGUCAAAUGACAAACACGCAGAACCGGCUCUAUUUCGAGUCAAACUUUACGGCGGACAUGGCCGCCGCUGUUCGGGCCGCGGGCUACUCGGGACAGGUUCAGGUGGUCAUUGACGGCUUCCGGCAAGGCAGCAUUAUUGUCGACUCGACGACCGCUCUGCUGAGUGCUCGGACGUACGCUGAGGCAGAUCGGCUGGUCAACUCCAUCAGUUCCAACCCAGGGGCAAUCUUCGCGGCCGACCCCUACUUCCAGACGUUGCCAGCUGGCGCGGUCAACGCCUCCAACGUGCGCGCUACGGCGGCCACGACACAGGCGAAUCUGAAUCCGUCCAACGGCAAUUCCAGGAUAUUUACGGACGGGAAGCUGUUCAACCUUCGGUGGUUCUGGUGGGCGGCGAUUGGCGGGGGGGCCGUCGCGCUCUGCCUCUUCUGCUGCCUGUGCUCCAGUAUAGGAGCUCGGAAAAAACGACAGCAGACCGGCCAGCUGAUCUACCGGCAAAACAUUUCAGCCGAGACCAUACAAUCCCUCCAGCGGGAAGGGAUGCAGGCUCCGUACUGGCAGGGCGUUCAGUACGGGCCUUCAGGCCACGGGCCAGAAACAAGGCGGGUGCAAGAUUACCCGUCAUACCCACCUCCCCCAGUCUCUAACCCUCCAUUUGAACAGCCUAGUCAGAGGGGUCCAGUGUACCCUGCAUAUCCGCCUCCACGACAGUACUGAUUACCGCAAAGUCUUGGGAUAACUUCUCCUUAAAAAAGAAUCUCAUUUGUCUGUAAAGGUAUGUCAUUACGUUGAUUGAGCUCGCUGGACGAGUUGAACAGGUAGAGGAUGUAGCUCUUGCUCCUGCUGUUGUACCAGCGCUACUGAAUAGAAGAUUACAAAGUAAACCCUGUGCCAGAAGCCUGUAUAAUUGUGAACAGCCGCCCGCCCGGCAUACAGUCCCUGAUAGAGCGUUCUUCUUUCUGCAAUCCUUAUGGAAGUAAAGUUUGACGCUAUCUAAGUUCGACCAUAUCUCGCG